CAAGCUGCCAGCUAUGUUAUCAAAAUCCUGUCGAAUACAAACAGCUCGUGUGCCCAUUGUCUCGGUAUAGUCCUGUGGCACGAACAGCUCUCCCUAUGGCUCUAUGAUGCGGCAGGGGUGGUGGCUACGUCUGAUCAGCUGUCGGUGAUCCAGGACUUUGAGAAAUUUGCAGCUAUCUUGAUUUGUCUGGCGUGCUGCAGCGCGGAAAGGCUGGGAGCAAUGCCCAAGAUAUGUCUGCCAAAUGACACACCCUAUCCCGACCACUUCCCUCCUAAAUCUAUGGAUGGCCACACCAUCAAUAUGUUCCCAGCCAACUGUGACAGCGAGAAUGCUGAGAUCACUCCUAUCUUUGCCAAGUAUGCUCUUGUCGGUCGACACACAACAGUGUACAAUGCAACGGCAGAAAAUUUGCUGACGUGCGCACCCGGCACUCCUCUCGUGGUCAAAUUUUCUCAGCAAGUGCACACCUGCCUCAAGGAGCAGGAUCUGCUGAAUGCCGCUCGUGCAGCCAGGGUCAGAAAUUUACCCAGCCUCCGUCUUGCAAGAGACCUGUGGUCACUGAGCGAAGGCUUCUGCGGACUUUUCUGCGAGGAAGAGCCAGUAAACUACGAGAGGCGUGUUCUGCGCGCACCCGUCUUUACAAAGUAUGAGCCUCUUGAGGUGCUCUUUUCGCGAUCGUCGAGAUAUCUUGGCGAGAUGGUCUAUCAGAUGCUGAAUUGUGACCUCCAUGAUCUGCGAUACAGAGUGCUGAUACUGCAUCGAGGUGUCAGCUUCAACAAUAUCAUGGUGCUCACAGACGAGCCGGACGGCAAGCCGUUGUUCAUCCUCAAUGACUUCGACCUCGCCACUUGCGCGACGGUAGACGGAAAGCUCAAGGGGGGCCCAAUAUCAAAGCAUCACACUGGAACACUCCCAUUUAUGUCGUACGAGCUUCUGCACGACAUGUGGUCUACUUAUGAGGUCGUGCGCAAACUGUCCGGAGACAGUCCCUUGGUACCCGCGCGUCAUCACCUGCGGUUUGACUAUGAGUUGCUGUUGUACAUUGCCCUGUGGUGCACAUUCAAGUGCGAGAAACUGCGGUUCACCGAAGCCAGGAACGUGAUCAAUGCCCAGGUAGAGCAGUGGGAGUGUGGGGCAUACAGUGACCGUGACCUGUUCUCACGUAAACUUAUGUUGCUGACAAAGAUCAUGGGCCCUAACUCCUUAAGGGAGAUGCCGUUGUCCCCUCCCUUUGAACCAUGGCUCCCGUUCUUUGAGGCAUGGAUGGACACCGUCCAGCCAGCUGACCACCUGCUGCAGAGGGCAAACUACUGA